AUGGCAUUGCUAAUUUAUCAAGUGUGCAGCUUCUUCCUUCUUUUCCUCUGCAAUUCUCUUGUCAAUUCCCAUCAUCUCUGCGAUCCAAAAGAAAGCUUGGCCUUGUUGGAGUUCAAGAAAGCCUUUUCCCUGAGUCAAUUUGCACACUUUGGUUGCAGUGAGUUUGAGAGACAAACUUCUUAUCCAAAGACAGCGACAUGGAAGGAGAGCACAGAUUGCUGCUCAUGGCUUGGUGUGGAGUGCGACGACGAAGGAGAAGGCCAUGUCGUUCGACUCGACGUCAGCUGCAGUCGGCUCAAUGGAACUCUUCAUCCCAACAGCACCAUUUUCACCCUCUCCCACCUCCAAAGUUUGAAUCUUUCUUUCAACUCUUUUGAUUCUUCUCCAUUUUCACCUCAAUUUGGAAUGUUUCAAAACUUGAGGGUUUUGGAUCUUUCCUCAUCCUCCUUCAAAGGAGACGUUCCAAUCGAAAUAUCACACUUGUCGAAUCUGGUUUCUCUCGAUCUUUCUAAGAAUGAUGACCUCAAAUUCUCAAAUUUGGUUAUGAAUCAGCUUGUUCAUAACCUAACCAAGCUGAGGAAUUUUGCACUUGCUAAUGUAAAUCUCUCUAGCAUCACACCCACUUCUUUUAUGAACUUCUCCCUCUCUUUAACUUCUCUUAGUCUUUCUUCGUGUGGGUUGAAUGGAAAUUUUCCAAGCCACAUUUUAAGUCUUCCCAACUUGCGUGUGUUGCAACUUGAUUAUAAUUAUGGACUGAAUGGCCAUUUGCCUAUGUCUAAUUGGAGUAAAUCUCUUGAAAUUUUAGAUCUUGUUUCAACUAAUUUUUCAGGAGAGAUUCCCUACUCCAUUGGUAAUGCCAAGUUUUUGAGGUAUUUAGACCUCAGUUUCUGCAACUUCACUGGUGGAGUUCCAGAGUCAAUAGGAAACCUUACACAGCUCAAUACCAUUCAUCUCUCUGAAAAUAAGUUCAAUGGCCAAUUUCCCAAUUCAUGGAACAACCUUCAAAAGCUAACUAACAUUGAAAUCCAGACAAAUUCUUUUAUGGGUUCUCUACCUAAUUCUCUUUUCAACCUCACCCUCCUUUCCCACUUGACAGCUUCAUCUAAUUUCUUUUCAAGUCCUUUACCUUCAAAUGUUUCUUCACAUAGACUUUCAAAUCUUAUUCACUUGAACUUGGAAGGUAAUUUACUCAAUGGUGCCAUACCUUCUUGGCUCUAUGCAUUGCCACGUUUAGCCUACUUGGAUCUCUCUCAUAACCAUUUCAAUGGUCCCAUGAUGGAUUUCAAAUCCACUUCGUUGAACUCUCUCGAUUUAAGUGAAAACAACUUGCAAGGUGAAAUCUCUGAAUCUAUGCAUAGACAAGUGAAUCUUACUGAUUUAAAAUUAGGGUCCAAUAAUUUAAGUGGGGUUUUGAACUUAGACAUGUUAUUGAGAAUUCAAAGUCUAUCAUCACUUGACAUUUCCAAUAAUCACCAACUUUCGAUACACUCUACCAAUGUUAGCUCCGCGAAUCUUUUAUGGGUUGGAAUGCGUUCCCUCAAAUUAGAAAAAUUCCCCUACUUUUUAAGAUAUAAGAAGAACUUGAUGAAUCUAGACCUCUCAGAUAACCAACUUCGAGGAGAGAUUCCCGUGUGGUUUUCUGAAUUGGGUUCUUUGUCCUCCCUCAAUGUUUCUCACAACUUCUUGUCAUCAGGAAUAGAUGUGCUCUUCACUUUGCCUUAUCUGUAUGAUAUCAUUCUUGAUUUUAACUUGUUCAAGCUACCCAUUCCCACGUUGCCACCAUUUAUGAACAUAUUUACUGUUUCAAACAAUCAACUCAGUGGAAAUCUCCAUCCUUCAUUCUGUCAACACACCCACAUUAAUUUCCUAGAUUUGUCCAAUAAUAACUUGAGUGGUGUAGUUCCAUCUUGUAUAAGUUCCAGUGUGACUUUUAUUUUGAAAUUGGAAAGGAACAAUUUUUCUGGUGCUAUUCCCAUCCCAUCACCAAGCUUUUCUAUCUACACUGCUUCAGAAAAUCAGUUCAGUGGAGAAAUCCCUCCUUCAAUCUGCAAUGCCACCUUCCUUGGUGUCCUUAGUCUCUCUAAUAAUCGUCUGAGUGGUACAAUUCCGCCAUGUCUAACAAAUAUCACUUCUCUUUUAGUGUUGGAUCUUAAAAGUAACAACUUUUCUGGGACUAUUCCGACAUGUUUUUCAAGAGGGAGUCAGCUCAGAAGCCUUGAUUUGAACAACAACCAACUGGAAGGAGAACUGCCACGGUCUUUGUUGAACUGUGAGGAUCUUCAAGAUUUGAAUCUUGGGAACAACAAGAUAACUGGUUACUUCCCUCAUUGGUUGGAAUCUGCGUCGAGUUUGCAAGUUCUUAUCCUUCGAUCCAAUCGAUUUUAUGGUCGUAUCAACAACUCCAUGAAUCAACAGUCUUUUCAAAACCUACGAAUCAUUGAUCUCUCACGCAAUCGUUUCAGCGGGCCAUUGCCAUCAAACUUGUUUAAGAACUUGAGAGCCAUGAAGGAAGUUGAAGUGGGAAACAAAAAACCCAAGUUUUCAAUUGAAUCUGUCUAUCAAAGCUCAGUCGUGGUAUCACUGAAAGGGUUGGAGCUAAAGUUGGAAAAAAUUCUAUUGAUAUUCAAAGCUAUUGACUUGUCAAGCAACGAUUUUCGUGGAGAGAUACCAAUGUCAAUUGGGAUGCUCGUGUCUCUGAAAGGUCUCAACAUUUCACACAAUAAGCUUACAGGUGAAAUUCCUAGGCCGUUUGGGAAUCUGAACAAUCUCGAAUGGUUAGAUCUUUCUUCGAAUAGACUGUCGGGUAACAUUCCUCCUCAGUUGGCUGCUCUUACAUUUCUCUCCUUUUUGAAUCUCUCACAAAAUCAGAUGUCAGGACCAAUUCCUCAAGGAAAACAAUUUGCUACUUUCGAGCGUUCUUCGUACAUCGGAAACCUUGGACUGUGUGGGUUUCCUCUGCCAAAAUGUGGUGCAGAAAAGGAUCCUAAAUCUCAACUACUACAUGAUGAAGAAGAUGAAAUUUUUGAAAAAGGGUUUUGGUGGAAAGUUGUGUUCAUGGGGUAUGGAUGUGGGGUGGUAUUGGGAAUUUUUGUUGGGUAUAUUGUUUUUCGAAUUGGGAAACCUCUAUGGAUUGUGGCAAUGGUGGAAGGAAAAAGAACUUCAAAGAGACAAAGAUCAAAGAGGAGGAAUUGUUGGCCAAAGAAAAGAAAUGACUAGAAGGGUGUUUGAUGAUCAUAAUUAGUGGUGCUACAAAAUUUAAGUUUCUCAAAUUGUAUGCCUUUCAACUUUCAUAGUUAAUGAAUGAAAU